UGUGAUGUACAUCUGUCAAAAGUGAUCGUACCAUUUCCAUUUAGACCCCUUCAAGUCCAUUGUUCGAAAUUCAUUAAGAAUUUCGUUUUCGAGCAAUGGGGGACACAAACGAAGGUGAAAAGCAGCCUCUGCUUAGACAACAUGACAAUUCAACGCAUAAUGGAGACGUACAAACACAAGCUACAGUUUCUCCAAUUGGACCUGAUGAAUUACCUCCUCCGUUUUAUCAAGGUUCGGGCGGUGGAGGUGUUCCGAUGGUUACUUGCCGAGUUUGUCAAGCUAUGAUUGAUAUAUCGGGAAAAAAGGAUCAACAUGUUGUUAAAUGUUGUCAAUGUAAUGAGGCGACUCCCAUCAGAAAUGCUCCACCUGGAAAAAAAUAUGUACGAUGCCCAUGCAAUUGUCUUUUGAUAUGCAAAAGUUCUUCACAGAGGAUUGCAUGCCCAAGACCAAACUGCAAAAGGAUAAUCAAUUUGGCACCAAGUCCUGUGACACCACCAGUGCCUUCGAUGCCUGGAAUGUGUCGUGUUGUAUGUGGACAUUGUCACGAUACAUUUCUUUUUAAUACUAUGAAUAACGCAUUAGCGAGGUGCCCACAUUGCAGAAAAGUGUCAUCAGUUGGACCGGAUUACGCAAAAGGUCGUGCAAAUGUUUUCUUAAUCUUUGGUCUUUUAUUUCUCUUCAUCGGAAUUGGCGUGACCGUGGGUACAUAUACCUUUGCAGUGAAACAUGGUGGAAUUUACGUUGCCUAUGUAGGCGCUUUCUUAUUAUCUAUCACGCUUCUAGCUCGAUGUGUUUAUUAUUGUUUCAUGAAAGUUAGCAUUAUUGAAGGACCUAUGUAAAAAAACUUUAAAAGAUGGAAAAUAAGAUAAAUAAUAGUGAGGAGGUGAGAUUGAGGAACGAUUUUUAUACCGUUUAUACAUUACUCAGUUUUUUUUAAUUGGUUUUGAAAAUCUUUGAAAAAAAUGUAUCGUAAGUUUUUUAUUAAGGUAUCUAAUUUGGAUCAAUUUAGGUUAUUAUUUUUUUUAAAUGUAAUUUGUAUCAAAAUAAGAAAUAAUGCUGGGUAAAUCUUGUCUUAAAAAAAUCAAAAAUGGAUAGAGAAGAGAACUACAUUGAGGUUGCUUCCUGCAUUAAUUUAAGCUUAGUUAUUGAUUAAAUAGAUUUAAGAUUAAAGAUAACCCAGGAUUUAUUGUUUUAACCCAACAAUAGACGUGUUAAAUUAAUAAUAACUAAUAAUUGUUAUUUUGUUUCUUGAUGUGAUAAUAAAAUAUGUAUAAGCGGAAAAGCCAUGACAAAAAAUUAAAAGAAAAAGUAAAUAUGGUUGGAUGAAAAGAACAUUACACUUGUAAUAUAAUUUUACAUUCCCAAUCAAAAGAAAUCUUCAAUUAAAAUUAAAAUCCACAUGAAUCGCUUAUUGUU